AUCCUCACACAUUCACCACACGAUCGUCAUGGAAACAACAACUGCAAAGACCGCCUACGCUCUGUUCCUGCACCGCGCCGAGCUGCAUCGUCGCCGCACACACUUUGCCAAGGUGUCACAGACGAAGAUACAACUAACUAAUCAACUGAUUGCCAAGGUGAAGCAGCGCAUGGACACCUGCAGCUACGAGGAUCUACAGACCUUGGUGCGAGAGCAGCAGUUCAAGCGUUUGCUCGAGAAGAAGCUCAAGCAUCGGGCCAAGCAGCUCAAGGCCUUGGUCAAACAGAACCGCAAGCUGAAAAGACUCCAGUAGAAUAGUGAACCGGGAACAGACUAGAUGGCACUGAAUCAUAGAAUCAGUACUUAGUUCAAUUAAAUACUCAUUUAUUGCCUUUAUAAAGGCAG